UUCCGUCUCUUGGAUAUGUACAAAACCCGCAGUUCCGUUCAAGAAUUUAUAUCUAAAAAGUGAAUAAAGAAAAAAAUUAAUUUAGUUUAAAAGAAUAACAAAAUAUGAUUUUUUUUUCUACAGGAGACUGAAUAAAGUACAGCAAUUUCUUCAAGAUGAAAAUGUCACAAAUUUUAUUUGCUUUUUUUGUGAUUUUAUCACAGGGUAUUAUCGAUAGUCAAUACAUUCCUCCUCAAGCAACAGUUUUGCCCCUUCGUCCUGUUGGAAUUCGCAUGUCUAUUCCUGAUGAAGACGGAAUAUCUCUUGUGGCAUACCACGUAAAAUUCAACAGUGAAUUUCGCGGAUUAGAGGCUGGAACUAUAGCAAGAGAUAUAACAAAAGUUAGAGACAGUAAAUGGACAUACGAAGAUCGCAGUACUAAAUUGAAAGAAGGUGAUGUAAUUUAUUAUUGGAUUCAUGUGGUCUAUGAAGGACUUGGCUACAAUUUACUAGAGCAACAACAUGUCGUUAAUGAAUUCUACGAUUAUAAUGGAGUGCCAAUAGAAGGGUCAGCAGGUCCAGGUCCCGGUGUUAGUACGUCUUGUUCUCCGACGUUGACGAAACACUUCGGAGUGAAUGCUGAAGAACAAAGUAUUUGUGGAGGCCAAUUGAUUUUUGAAGAAACAUUCGAUAAUCAAAAUGCAGUUAAUAAUUUAAAGUGGACCACUGUGGAACAAUUCCCGGGCAAUCCUGAUUACGAGUUUGUCGUAUACCGAAAUCAUAAAGAGAAUGUAAAUGUGGAAAAUGGGAAAUUAAUAGUCACACCUACACUUCUGGAUAAUACUUGUGGCAGUGAUUUUGUUCGAGAUGGAAAUUUAACUUUGCACAAGUGUACUGGACAACCUGGAACGAGAGAAUGCCAGCGUGUUACCCAAGGAUUUCAUAUUUUACCCCCAGUAAUCUCAGGCCGAAUAAACACAAAAAACCUAUUUUCUUUUUUGUAUGGUCGAAUCGUAAUCCGGGCCAAAUUGCCAAAGGGCGAUUGGAUUUAUCCUGUGCUAGCAUUGGAACCUGUGGAUGAACAAGGAUCGUACGUCGGAAAUGAUGCAAGAUUUAACGUUCAAUUACGAGUGUCCUCUGUCUUGGGAAAUCCGGUGCUCAAAUCUGCAGAAGGUGAUGAAUUGGGUGGACGUAUUCUUCGAGGAGGUUUCCUUUCCCGCACCACGUUAACUACUGCAAAUCUUACAACACUUAGAGCAAACGAUGGUACCAAAUACAAAACUUCUAGUAAAUUAUGGUCCGAUGAUUAUCAUAUUUACGAAAUGGAAUGGAAACCUGAGGUAAUCACGGUAAAGGUUGAUGGUGAAUCAUACGGAGAAAAGUGGUUCGACUCGCCCCUGCAAACGCCGUUUUACAUAACAUUGGGUGUUGCUGUUGGUGGAGUUGCUGAAUUUCCUGAUGGUUGUAAAAGUCAGGAUUACACAAAACCAUGGAGAAAUGUUGAAUCCAAGGCGCUUCUGCAUUUCUAUCUUGCACAGCCAACGUGGUCCAAAAACUGGAAACCAGAAUCAAAAUCCCUCCAGGUGGAUUAUAUUAAUGUUUGGGCUUUGUGAUGCGGAUACUCAAAUUAAGCGAAAAAAACAAAUAAAUUUUGGAAUUAAUAAAGACUUCAUAAAAGAUGGAUAAAGAAAA